GAACCACAACUCCCAGAAUGCCUUUCGCUUGUUGCUAUCCGCGUGCUAGCAUCUGGUAGCACACAUUGCUACAUCAUGUCUGUCUUUAUGGAUUUAAACUUGACUUUCUCGCCGGAUAAAAGCAACAUGCAGCGACUGAUUGACACUGCAGCUCAUCUUGGUUUUUCCACAGUGGCAGUGAACUAUACUUUUGAACCCACGGCCAAAAGGAAACAGGAUAUUCCCUCCCCCAAACCGAUCAACGAGCUUAUUGAUCAGCUACCAAUUGUCCAGGGCCGCUCUGGACCAAUCAGAGUGCUCAACAGACUGACGCUGGUCAUGUGGGACCUGUGUCACUUUAGGCCAAAUGCUGCAGAGUAUCGUACUUUUGACUUGAUUGCAGUCCAGCCAAUGACGGAGAAAGUUUUUCAUGCGGCGUGCAUGCAGCUGGACGUGGACGUGAUUAGUUUGUGUGUGACGGAGCAACUGCCUUUCUUCUUGAAGAGAGCUCCAGUCACGGGGGCUGUGGAGAGAGGCGUGGUGUUUGAAGUGUCAUACGCCGCAGCCAUCAGAGACGCCACCAUGAGACGCUACACCAUUUCUAACGCCGUUAGCUUGACGGAGACGUGCAAAGGAAAGAACGUGAUGUUGUCCAGUGCAGCUGACAAGCCUCUGGACCUGCGAGGACCCUAUGACAUCAUCAACUUAAGCACGUUGUUCGGUCUGUCGGACGCAGAUGCCAAGAGCGCGGUGAGCUCCAUCUGUCGGUCCGUCUUAUUUCACGCAGAAACCAGGAAGACGGCGAGUGGCAUCAUUUGGACCAAAAAGAUGUGUGGCGAGGCCUCCUGCCACCAGGGGGCUCUACCCUCCUCUUGUGACGUUCCUGCAGCCAAACGAAGCAAAACUCAGCAGACUGACUGACACAACGGGACGCCAGCGAGCAGGAUGCUAAGCCAGCUGAAGAAAGUGCAUGAAAACAUGAACGUCAUUGCAUUAUUGGACACCAUCAUAGGCAGGGCGACCCGAGCCCCUUCAAAUUAAAAGUUUAGAAGCUUCCUGGAGUUACGAUAGUUUCUAUUUAUUUAUUUUUCUUCUAUGAGUCACUGACUUGAUACAAUGUGUGACAUUCCAUCGCUUGCAUAAUAAAGGAUGACUUUGCAGGAAAUGUUUUAUUCUGAAAAAAGGAAGUGAUGGCAACAAAAUGGCUUUCAGUUUGAAAAUUA